UUCAAACCAAUAAGAGACCAAAAGACAGACCAGUAGGAUCUCAAACACUACCGGCAGCACCAAUUUCCUCAGCCAUCUACACGAAACCAGAGGCGCACAGCUCAAUUGUGGUGAUUUUCCCCUCAGGUUAUUUGCCAAAUAACCCGAUAAUGGUGGAAAAUGAUAUAAGAAAAAAACAGCAUCUACACAAUAAAGCAAGUGCCUCCAUAAGGCAGGGAGACACGAGGCGCUCCAGCAUCCCUCCCCAUGCUGGAACUCUGGGCUCACGAAUACCUGAGCCCGCAACAAGAGUCCAGAUAUCAAAUGUUGUUUUGGUGAACCCUCAUGAAGCUGCGCUCCAGAUGGUGAGGGCACGGUGUGGGAACACUGUCCGUGAAGGUCCUAGAGCAUUUAUGAGUUGUGUAAAGGAUAGUGGGAUGUUGGAUGGUGGCAGCAGUGGGAGGCAGUUAAGGGUGGAGACGAAGCGGGAGGCAAACGACCCUGGAAAUAAGUCCUUCCCUCUGGGCAACCCAAUGAAUGCAUCUCAAUCGGCAAACAAGCAAAGGGACACCCUUGGACAGAGUAAAAUUGGCAAUAUGGUGAAUGAAUUACAAGGAAAACUUCUUGCAGGGAUGAUGACGCAGCUAGGGACGGAGAGACCGCCGCAGUCAUCCUUCAUCCAAGAAGGUGGAUCAGCAUCUUUAAGAUUACCAUUGUCAACGACUGUGGAAAACAAAUCACAGCUCAACAUGACAGUGGUGGCAGUGCAGGUGGCAAAGCUCUACCUGGAACUGGGCGGCUAUCUGAACAAAGGCGCAAAGGCACGGCUGGCCGUGGAGGACUGUUCAGUGGCUGUGUAUGAAAGCCUGCGGGAGUUUGUGGAGUGUGUGGAGAAGGCCCAAGCCUAUGAGGUCGGAGGUCCGAUUGAGAGCAUUCUGCCACAAAGCAGCCAUCGAGACCAGGGUUUGGUGGUUGUGGCCAGCAGGGCGCAAGAAAGAGAUAAACAUGCAGACGAAAAGGACAUGGCAGAGGGAGAGAUUUGGCUUCCCUAAGUUUCUCCAUCCACGUGUCCCACACCAAACACUCCAUAUACCACAGCCAACUUAGACACAAAAGAUUUAUACUUAUACAUACCUAUUAUACACAUUUGUAUAUAC